GAAGAUUUCAAAAAUUCACCACCGUCUUACCACCGCUCCCGCAUCAAUACAGCUCCUUUCAUGAUAUCUCCUACGGACCGGUCGAGGAAGAAACUCCGGCGGAGUUGCGACAGGUGUACAUCCAAGAAGAUUCGUUGCGACGGACUGGCAGCAUGUCAGAACUGUGUCAGGCGAGGGUAUGCUUGCCACUACUCUGAAAGAAGACGGACCGGCCCCAAAAUACGUACGGCUGCCGACGACCACCCGGAAUUGCAAGGACUCUCCUCAGCUGACGGCCUAAUACCGUGGUCGAAUGACAGGCCAUCCUCCGCUUCAGGAAGCGAGCGAGCAUCGAGAAGCGCCUCAACGGCAAUCGACGAUGGGCAGGUCAAUCCAAAGUUGGAUGAUAUUAGCACCAACAGCUGUACGCGUUCACUUGGGUCUGCCCCUUCGUACCCUGGCUCACUGGGAACACUCGAAAAGUCUUCGGUAUCGCACAUAGAAGACACCUUUGCCGGGAUCCGUCUCCCUCAUCCAAUGAAGGACCCGCGCCUGCAGGGCUCCGUGUCCCCGUCCUGGCCCUUGCCUUCCCUCUCGUCUGCAUACAGCGAUGACGGGGUCAAAACCUUUCCAGGCUCGCCCAUGGAGUUGAGGGAGCAGAUUCUCUUGACGAACGAGGGGCAGCAUUUUCCUAAGCUGCAGCCAUUGGCUUUCGACUCCUCUUUGCAAUCCGAAUCGACCGACGAUAGCGCCCUAGACUCAUUCGUGGGCGCCACUGAAGAGCACUUCCUGAGAAUAUUCUUGGCGGAGGUGAACGCCUUCUUGCCUAUGGUGGACGAGGGACUUAUGUUGGGCCGCCUGUCCCAAGUGCGCACUUACGGCCGGCGCGCCCUCCCCCCCGUAACGCCCGCCCCCCUGCUUCCAAGUAUGCCUCCCGAGAUUGCGGGCAACGUGUGCGCCGCACAGUUGGAGAACAUCUACAAUGCAACGGUGUGGGCGGGUAUCGCUGUCGGUGCUCUCCUCUUGAAUCUGACGGAGAGCGUGGAGAGGUACACCGGCCUGGCCUGGUCUUCCAUGAAGGAGUGCUUUGACGCCUUACACCCGGCGACGGUCUCGGCAAAUCUUGCCAUGGCCCUUGUAUACAUGAUGCACGGAGACUUCCUACGGUACCGUCGUUACAUUUCGAUGGCGGAGAGCAUCGCUGUCGCCCUGGGCCCCAGCCUUUCGUGCGAAUUGGAGGCUAUCCUCCUUUAUUUGCGGGUCGGACACGACCCAAGUUUACGCAUCCUGGAAGCUCAAUGGCAGGAGGUUUGCGCCGUGGAUAUGUCCUCCAAAAGCGCCCACAUCCAAAUGAUCUACCUGCUCGCGCGCACAAAGCUACAGCUGCUCCGUAAUCAAUUGCGCGGAGAACUUCAGGGCAUACCACGGCCCUUCAGGCCCGACCAGGUGGCGCCGGCAUUGGAACAUGCCGAUCGCCUGCUCUACUUGAGCCCCGCGGCUUCCUCCGCUGGGGCCCUCUGCUACAUAAGAGGCUUGCGGGGGAUUGUAUUGUUCGCUGGGACCAGGGGAAAGGCGGUGAAACUGGUUUUAGAGAUGAUGCAGCCCUUGCUGGAAGAAGCCGUCCGCUGCCCGGGCGUGGUGAGAAUUUUCCCCAACUUCCAUCACUUCCAUGCCAUGGCGGUAUUUUCAUACCUGGGCGGGGAUAAGGAAAUAUACGAGUCGGCUCGACGCUUUACUGCGAUUGCGUACGGAGAUUGUGCGCCUGUGCCCCCAUGGGGGAUAAGUUUGGACAAUUUGUGCAAUCACCGCAUCUGCGAUACUGUUCUGAAGAUAACUGCGGAGGAACGGCAACGAUUACAGACCACUCAACAUGGAAGAUUCAGGGGCGCAAGAGACGAUUUGCCCAGAAAUGACGAGACAAGUAGUAUUGAUACCUCCUCGAGCGACUAUCCGGGGUCGUCACUCUCCGGGCAGCAGGAGGAAGAGAUGGAGAGGCUCUCUCCUCUUCUACCACCCUCACGAAUUCAAGAUGGCAUUUCUCAGCAAGAAGAGUCAUUGCGUAAUGAAGAGCCUCACGAGAAGGGCCAUUCCUCCAUCACGACCAGGAGGGCCGAUGGGUAG